GUUACCUGAAAGGGUAUAUGUAACUUCAGCUAAGCCUUUGUUACAGAGAAUUUCAUUUGAUCCAAAUAUGUCUCCAAUCAGUAUAGAUGUUGGUUCAUCUUCAUUCCGACCUUGGUCAUAUGAAAUAGAAGGGAUGGUGAAAAUCGAACCACUGGAAGGUGUUGAGGAAAAGGUAUUAUCUAAUUUGGGAUGGACUAACUUAGACUUCCUUAAUAAUAAGCAUGUUCGAACUUAUCAUCAUAGUAGAGGAGUAGAGCAAUCUCAAAUCCAGAUGUAUUAUGAGUUUGGAAUAUUCAGCACAAUUUAUGGAAGGAAAGAGAUGCCAGAUUGGAUUAGUUGGAGUAUAAGCAGCCAGAAGACACCAUUCUCAUUUACAAUCCCUUCAUCUCCUAAAAAGCAGCUCAGAGGUCUGAAUUUUUGUUACGUGCAGAGGAGGAAGUGGUAUGAAAAAUACUCUCCACACUUAAUCGAGACUUUUGGAUAUCCAGUUGAUCGAUUAUCUGAAUUGCCAACAAUCGAAAUAAGUAAUGUAACAAAAAACCACACCUGGAGAUACAAGCAUUGUAGUGAUAGAAUCGAUGUAGGUGGAGAGUGGUUAACAUAUUUAAGCCACUGGAUGUUUGGGAUGAAUGAAAUGGAACCUGGUGAUCAAGUAAUUAUUACCAUAAGAGAGUACGGACAACAUGACCAACUUAAUACAAAGAAUUGUGGGGUGAGCUUUGUGUAUGAAGAUGGAAGCAUGGAACAUGCGUUGGAAUAUUACAAGUCAUGGAAUCACAUAAUUGGUGGCGAUCUUUCUUUUUUUGUAACAACAACCGGAGAAUACAUCCUAUAUCACGGAGGAUUUACACGAAAAUUCAUUAAAUUCCCGCCACCGAGGUUCUUUGGAUACACCUCCAAAUAUAAAGAAAAGAGCGCCCCUUCAUUUAGAGCUUUCUCCAAGAGGAAAAGUCCUAUUUAAAUAGACGGUAGCUCCGGAGGUAUGUAUGUUCAUGAUUGUCUAAUUAAUUUCGACUUCCAAAUUAACCUCAUGAUCUCUCAUCACUACUACAUGCAUGGAUAAAGGAUAAAACACAUCGGAAUACACAUAAAAGGAUUUACCAUAUCAUGGAACGGCUGAUCUCUUCGGAAUUGCAUGAUUGAUGAAGCAAUACAUGGAAAUGGCAAAUUAAUUUGGUAAUUAUAUGUAGCUAGCUAGUUGGGGAGAAUUAGUUGGGACAUCUCAGCUUACAGGGGCUUGUCCUUUUACUUUUAGUUGUGGUUUUGUAGUUAUGUACUAAUUUUGGAGUCAUUGACUGUAGUACUUAUGUACGUUUGUACUUUGUAAUCAGUUUGGUAUUUAGGUUAA